AUGGCAUUAGAUUUUAGAGGCAAAGUUGUUAUUGUGACUGGAGCAGCAAGAGGAAUUGGUAAAGAAUACUGUAAUUACUUUGCUGAAAGGGGAGCUAAAGUUGUUGUUAAUAAUAGAUGUAAAAAGGAUAGUGAGAAUUAUCUAUUAGUAAAUGAGAUUGUAAGGAAUAUCAACUUGAAAGGAGGCAUAGCCAUCGCCAAUUACGAUGAUAUUUUGGAUGGGGAUCACAUAAUCAAAUAAGCAAUUGAUAAUUACGGUCGGAUCGACAUUUUGAUAAACAAUGCUGGCAUUAUCAAGGACAAUGUUUUCGCCAAGAUGACUAAGGAAGACUAUGAGGAUGUUGUUGAUGUUCAUUUAAAUGGGACAUAUAAAUGUUGUAAAGCUGCCUGGCCAUAUAUGGCUAAAUAAAGAUAUGGAAAAAUAGUCAACACUAUUAGUGGCUCUGGUUUGUAUGGUUAAGUUGGGUAGGCCAAUUAUGCAACUGCGAAAUCUGCCAUCAUUGGAUUUUCAUUUAGUCUUGCUAAGGAGGGAGAGGAGUUUAACAUAAGAACUAAUAUAUUAUCCCCAGUGGCUGCAUCUAGAAUGACUGAGACUAUUUUGCCUUAAGACAUGCUUGAAGGCAUCAAUCCGAACAAUGUGGCUCCACUAGUUGCCUAUUUGUGCAGUGAUGAUUGUCAAGAAAAUGGUGCAAUCUAUGAAUGUUCAGGAGGAUUCAUCAGCAGAGUAAGAUAAGACAAGGAGCCAAUCGAUUUUCUAAAGUGGUCGAAAUUAUGAACAAAUAUCAUUUAGAAUACGCAUUCAGAUAUUAUAUAUAUUUCCAUUAUUAACAAUCUAUAUAUUAAAA